UCAUGGACCCCAGAUCUGUGGUAUGUUGAGCUCGUCGAAUAACCGGAGGAAAGCUUAGAAUAUUCUGUCGAGUUGUACGUUUCACUGGUACACGUCGUUGGAGCAACAUCUGUUGUACGUGAUCCUGCUUAUUUAAGUUUAACGAUCAACGGGAUUGUACGAAACUGUGGGAAGCUCUCGGAUCGAAAGUCAACGGUUGUUUUCGAAACGUUUUCGAGAAUCAUGAACUUCGAUGAGGGCAUCGAGUUUAUUAAAAAUGAUCUUCUACCCGAAGCUGUUCACAAUCGUUGCUUCUGCGAGGCUGGCUCUCGGGAAUUCCUCGAAUUCUCAUCAGUCCAAGUGGAGUCGUUGAGUGUUGAGAGAAGUAAAAAAAAUGCGAAGGAAUACUUCCGAGCACGAAUGAUCGUGAAGUUUUCUGGAGAACCGAAGACUUUUCCGCUCAUUAUAAAACUUCUCGGGAAUGCGACUGUCAGUGAUCGCGAUUACGAUGAAUUUCUCAACGAGGAAAUGUUCUACAGCAAAAUUGUCCAAAAAUACAAAUUGAAUAUUUAUCCCAAGUGCUACGUGGCUGACAUGGGUCGAUACGGAAGGCCGGUCAUCGUUCUCGAAGACCUUGAGGCUUGCGGAUACGUACGAGUUGAUGGUAAAUUGGAUGAGGAUCACUUGGCGCUGGGUCUGAAAGCCAUUGAAGGUCUUCACCAGCGUGGCUUGAGACUCAAAGCUGAGAACUAUAAUUCGUUUAGAGAGUUUUACGCCAAGCUAAUCGACACGAGAUUAGAUACACAAUCUACCAGCGUUUUCAACGAAACAUCGAGCAGGCUCUCGCGGAUCCUGAAGAAACUUCGAUGCGGAGGCUUGGAAAAAAUUGAUCUCGAGAACGAAGAGACUCUCCUGACUUUGUGUCAUGGAAAUUUAAUACCUCGAGAGUGUUUUUUCUACAAGUACGAGGAUAAAAAACCUGUCGAGGUUAAGAUAAUAGGAUGGAAGCGAAUACGGUAUUGCUCGAUCAUCGUCGAUUUGACGUUUCUGCUCCAGGAUCGUGUUACCGAUGAGAACGAGGCAGACAAAUAUUUACGUAUUUAUUUUCAAGGCCCCGAGAUCUGAAUAAUAAAUGGAUCGUUGCAUAAAUAAGUUUCACACUUCAA